UUUACUAAUUUUUUUUAUUUAAUUUAGCCUGAUGGGAGGCAACAAAUUUGAUACGAUUGAGGAACACACGUUUAUACUAAAUGGUUUCAACACUUGUUAUUUAGAUUUAAGAAGCGCCGGAAUUAAAGCAGUUAAAACAGGAAGUUUCAGAAAUAUGGGAGCCAUGUCUUCUGUAAAGUUAGGUGAAAACUCUCUUAAGCACCUUCCACCGAGAUUUAUUAAUUCCAGUUUUUUAGCGACGAUAGCAUUAUAUUUCAAUAAAUUGGUGCAUAUUGACUCUGAGGCAUUUGCUGAGGUGGGAAAGUUAAUGUCGUUGACAUUGGAUAAUAACUUAUUAAAAGAAUUUCCGGUCGCUCUUUAUAAUCUUGACAUAUCGCAUUAUUUAAUCAUCAGUAUGAACUCCAUCGACCUGAGCUCACAUCCCAAUAGAAGCGUAAUUGCCCACUCGCCGAGAACAUUGAUUAUUGCAAAAAAUGAAAUACAAUCAAUUUCAAGAAAUCAUUUUUGUAGUUUAAAAUCCCUGGAAGAGAUAUUCAUUUACAUGAAUAAGAUAUCAUAUAUAGAAAAUGAAUCGUUCAAUGGAACCAGUCUCACGCAUUUAUAUAUAUAUGGAAAUAGUCUCCAUAAAAUUACAGGUGAAAUGUUUAAAGUAGGCACCGGUUCACUUCGAUAUCUAUACCUAUUUAAUAAUCCGAUUAAAAACAUCGACCAAGGCGCAUUGUCUAAUCUGGCUCCGAAUGCAACAGUGUAUCUGGAAUGUGGAAACCUCGAAUACAUCCCGUCUAAGAUUGCAGGACACACAAAUGCAAUGUGUGUCACAAAUACAACAGUACUUACUUUCCCAGCCGGUUUUUAUUCAAAACGCUAUUUCUAUGGAAUGACGUGCGAUAGUAUAAUGUGCAAGCCUUGUGGACUUGGUUUAUACGGGAAGAUUACAGGAUCAGGUUGUUACACUUGUCCAGCAGGUGGUUUUUAUCAAGACAAUCAUGGAUAUGUUAAAACUGGUAAUUACAAAACCGACUGUAAACGGUGUAUAAAUGGAACAUUUUCACCUUAUCCGGGAGGUACUUCAAUAUUUGCUUGUCAGUCAUGCCCAUCGGGAACCAACACAGAUGUAAUGGCAGAACUCGAUGCAUGUCCAUGCUUAGACAACUUUUAUCGCACUUACCGCUACGGUGCAUGUAAGUCGUGCCCAGAAGGCGUUGACUGCACAGGUGGUUACCAGAAUUUGAGCAAGGGCUACGGGUGGUCGUGGAAUUUUACACGUCAUCCGAAUCGUUUAGUUGAGUACAAACAAUUUAUUCAUAAUCUUACUACUUCCAAUUUCAAUCUCUCUGAACCUAAUAAUUUAAACGACACAGUGUACACAGGAAAUUUUCCGGUGGCCCAUAAGUGUCCACGAAGUGAGAGUUGCCUUGGUGGAAUUGAAGCAAAUUGCUCGGAAGGUUAUUCUGCUAAUGUUUGGUUAUGUGCUGAGUGUAGUGACCAUUAUUACGAAUUAUUCGACAAGUGUUACGAAUGUCAGGAUAAACAAAUAAUAGUAAUUGUUCUGAUAUUGUUAAUUGUUGUGCUCUUAUUUGUUUCGUACUUGGUGUGGAGACUGGAUAAAAGAAGAGGCGAGACAAUACGCAACGACUCUUUCGUGAUUCAUCUCAAAAUUGCCAUCAAUUUCUAUCAAGUGCUGGGCAUUCUGACUGAAGUUAAUGAAAUACAUUGGCCAGAUUCGUUUCAAUCUGUUGGAGAGAGUGUCCAAUAUCUCGAUGUAAUACGUUAUGUCAAUAUUCUUAGCCCAAGGUGUAUUUUUCCUGGUGUUUGGAAUGCUUACACAUUUUUGUAUAUUGCCAUUGCAACACCAUUCACUAUUAUUGUGUCAACAUCUAUCAUCUUCCUCAUCUGGCACCUUUACAAAAGAAACAAAGAGGAUCACUCUGUGCAUCGCUUAACAGACACAUUCUUGGCGAUUACAAUGAUGUUGCUGUAUUUAACCUAUGCCAACACUUGCUCAAACAUAUUGGCGGUCGGACCGUGGUCAGUUCGUACGUUUAAUGUUACAGAGGAUGGUGAUAAAAAACGAGUGUUAACUUCUGACUACUCUAUCGAUAUCGAUGAAUCAAAUGGUUCAAAAUACGAGACUAACAAGAAAGAUAUGGACUGGACGUCAUUAAUGGAAGCUGUGGCCUGGGGAGCACCAGAUGAUGUGUUGGAGAAUAUGAUUGAAAUGGCAACAGUUGAGUGUUUCUUUCUACGCGCUCUUUACCCAGUAUCAAGACAAGACAAAGAAUACUACAUAAAACAGGAACAGAGACAAAUAAGAAUUGUAAAAAUAGAUGAGAUUUAA